AUGUCAAAGUUUAUUGUAACUUCGGUUUUAAUUGUUUUUCUUGCAAAUCAGGUUUUGUCCAAAAUCAUUUUUGAAGACAUCCAGUCGGAAACCAACAAUGAAUACUGUGAAGUAAAGAACGAUAUUAAGCACGCAGAUGGAAAAAUUCAAAUUGCCGUUGAUUCGAUUCUCAAAAUUGAUUUAGAUGAAAAUACAUAUGUCUCAGCAUUGAUUUCCAAUAAAAUGGGCGAUGUUUAUGAACCGUUGAUUCGUCUCGAACCAAUUGCUUUUUGCAAAUAUUUGAAUGUUGAAAAGAAGCCUGCUGCUUUACGAUUGGCUUUGAUGGUUUUGAAGGGAUUUGGCGAAGUACCUGAAAAAUGUCCCAUCAAAAAAGGACAUUAUUUCGUGAAAGAUAUUGAACUUGACGACUCUUUUAUGAUUCCAAUGAUGCCAAGCGGAAGUUUCAAAAUCGACGUUUUACUUCAGGAGAAGGUAGGCUCAGAAAUGAAACUGAUUGUUAAGACAACCGUCAAAGCAUCUAUCGAUCAACCAGAAUAA